ACAACACUCGACGCGAUCGGACUAUGGGUAAACUUGUACUUUACGGCGUAGAGGCGAGUCCGCCGGUGCGGGCCUGCAAACUGACCCUGGAUGCUCUGGGUCUACAGUAUGAGUACAAGCUGGUUAACCUUCUGGCCGGCGAGCACAAGACCAAGGAGUACACCCUUAAGAACCCACAGCACACGGUGCCCAUGCUGGAGGACGACGGCAAAUGGAUUUGGGAGAGCCACGCCAUUUGUGCCUAUCUCGUGAGGCGAUAUGCCAAGGAUGAUUCCCUUUAUCCGAGGGAUUACUUCAAGCGGGCUCUGGUUGAUCAGCGCCUGCACUUUGAGUCGGGAGUCUUGUUCCAGGGCUGCAUUCGAAACAUCGCCGCCCCGUUGUUCUACAAAAAUGAGACUGAGGUACCGCGCUCCAAGAUCGAUGCCAUUUACGAGGCCUACGACUUCCUGGAAACCUUCAUUGGCAACCAGCCAUAUCUGUGUGGAUCGGGCGUAACCAUCGCGGACUUCAGUAUGGUCUCCUCCGUGUCAAGCCUGGUUGGCCUGGCCAGUGUCGAUCCCAAGCGGUAUCCCAAACUCAGCGGCUGGCUGGACAGGAUGGCAAAGCAGCCCAAUUACCAGUCGCUCAACGGCAACGGCGCUCAGAUGCUGAUUGACAUGUUGACUUCUAAGAUCACGAAGAUUGUGUGACUUUGUACUUGUAGCUUAGAGGUUGAAAACAAGAUUACCUCUGGUUAUAUAAUAAAUCUUCUAUUUGUAUACUCUUUAUAAAAUGCUACGAAAUGCCAGCUCCAGGUGCUGGCUGCUUUUUCGACACAAAUAUCACAUCUUAUAGAUAAAAAAGGUUUAAGAAUAGUUAUUGCAAACAUCAAGGCACUUAUUCGAAGGUUUGGAUUAAUAAAACAAAUAUUGCACAUGUA